UGAUUUGUGCUUUGUUUGAUUGUUUUGUCUUGCCUUGAUUUCCUCUUAUUCUACAGCAGAGUUCACCCUUUCUUAGUAAUCUAGAUGAUUAUGUUUUGUUUUCUUUUUUUGUUCACAUUGUCACUCAUGGACCGACCAUUCACUUCCUGUCUGGCGGGAUGUUGUCGUUUUCGUAGUGUGUUCGAUUCGUCUGUUUGACAGGUUACAGAUACGAUACAAGUGCCGGUGUUCAUUGUCCUAGUUGUGUCAUAUCGUUACCGUCUCAGUCCUCGUUGCACUCUUCUUUCACACGUUAAUCAACUUGCUUGUUUGCUUUACAUAGUUUGCAGUUAUUGGAAACAUUGUAGCGUAACGUGCUUGAGUAAGUUCUGUAUCUGUUUCAGGAGUUUGAUAAAGUUGAAACUUUUCAUCGAUAUGGAGAAGUGUUCUCUUGUUGGUUCUCCAAAUUGGUACCUAUCACAAGCCUUCGAUUGCUCAUGGAAUCAGAAGGUGGCUUAUGGAUCUCUCUCUAGUUUGGUCAUUUUCGAACCAUCGCAAAGUUUGAAUCCAUCAACUUUACACCUAGCCCAUUCGUUUAGGAUCUUAUCUGUUUCAUUCCCUCCAGAGGGCUUUGGUAAUAAAUUAUUGUCGACGUCUGAGACUGGUGAAGCUUUUGUUUGGGAUUUGGAUUUGCGGAAAGUAGUAUUAGCCUACAGAAGUCCUCAGAAAUGUGCCACAUACGGAAACUGGUCCCAAGCAAACGGUAAUUUAAUUGUGUGUGUUGAUGAAAGCGGAAAUCUAAUCCAAUGGCAAGUUGAAUCAAAUGUCUUCCGUGUGAAAAGCUUCAAGGAGCACUCCUUUGUUGUUGUCGCUUGCUGUCCUCAUGACCAAAACAUAGUAGCCACUGGAACGAAACAAGGUUUGGUUUGCGUUAUAAAUAUUAAGGUUUCAGGGAAAGAGUAUAUCCUUCACCAAAUGCGAGGUCAUGAUUCUGAGGUAGUUUCACUUGCCUGGUGUCCUGUUGCUGAAAAUAUCAUAAACCCCAAGGGCAAUAAUGAUAGUAAGUUACUUGCCUCUGCUGCCAAAGAGAAGAGAAUAUUUUUCUGGCGUGCAGGUCAAGAUGGCCUUUAUGAGGUGUAUGCAGACGUGCCCUCUGCACCAAGAAUCACUGGAGUUAGAGCAUGGACAUGUGUCUGUUGGUAUGAACCCCAUCUACUUUUAGUGUCUACAACUGCAGGAGAAGUACUGUCUCUGAAUGUUGCUAAUAUCAAAAAUAAGAAAGUGUCAGACAAAACUCCAAAGUGGGAAACAUUUUCUCUGGGCCACAAUCGAGGGCAUGUAGUGGUGAAAAGCAGCCCCUGGCCAGCGACAAAGGAAGCUAGUGGAGAUGAUUGGCGUUUAAAAGAAACUGUGCCCAGAUGGGUUUGGACUUUCGGAUCUGACCGGGUUGUUCAUGGGAAGAGUUCUGAUGUGCAAUUAAGUCCCAUUAAACUCAACACUACUGGAGGUGCUGUCAAUGCAAUGACUAUUUCAUCCAUCGAUGGUACAAGUUUAGCCAUUGGUGGUGCAGACAAGUCUAUUCGAGUGGUUAAUUUGAGUGAACCUCAGCUCAAAACUAUUCAAACAUACAACCAGAAAGUGAGUGGGAAGGUCAUGUCACUGGCAUGGCAUCCAUCUAAAGAUGGUUGGCUUGCUUAUGGUACAUCUGAUGGACGGAUUGGUGUCCAAUAUACCUGUGCUAUCAAACCACCCCUCCUCUUUCGUCCAUUUUCGAAAGACAGCAUCUAUGCAAUGGAGUGGGCCCCCUCCCUUGCUACCAUCAAAAGUAGCAUUGCCGCAAUGAAAAGCCCUGAAGAUGGACCUGAUUUGGCACCAUCAAAUUAUGUUCUAUAUGCAGUUGGAGGGGGGAAACUAGCAGCCAUGGAUCCCAAUUUUCCAGAUCAGAUAUAUGAUGAACCAUUCAAAAGCAUAUUGAAGACUGUUCUCAAACCAGAGAGCUUGAAGAUCAAGCAUAAGAUUGUGAGUCUCACUGACUUGGCUUGGAAGCCAGAUUACUCCAUGCUUGCUCUUGGAGAUGAAACAGGGUCUGUACAUAUGCUCCACCUGAAUAGUAAGGAAGAAUUGCAUUUGGUUUCGUCCUUCAAAGUGUUUGCAAAAUUAAUUCAGGAUCUGGCUUGGCAUCCCCAGUGCUGUUCAUCAGAUGUAACAGAAGUGUCUCCUCAUGCCAAUUGGCUGGCCUGUGCUUCCAAUGAGGACAGUAUACAUAUUGUGGAUACUAGUCCUAUUCUUGAUGCACUGCAGAGUAUGGAAGAACUGAGUGUCCCCAUUUCCAAUUUGCCGCGGGUUGCUACGCUGAAAGGGCAUAAGCUCCGCGUAUCAAAGCUAGCAUGGAGUCCGCACGAAGCAGGCAGAUUGCUAUCUGUUUCCUAUGAUCAAUGUGCUCAGGUAUGGGAUGUUAUCAACAAGCAACCAAUUUCCUGUUUCACUGGGCACAGUGCUCCAUUGUUCUGUUGUCUCUGGAGUCCUUUCAAUCCUUCCUUAGGGAUAACAGCUGGACAAGAAGGGCUGAUUUGUAUCUGGAACACUGAGGAACAAGAAGCUAAGUUGCCGGUAGAGAAAAUAAAGGAUGCAUCUAAAAAUUUUCUUGAAGGUGCCAAAGAAGCUCAAUGUCAUGCUACAGAAAAUGACACUUCUAAUGGAGACGGGUCUUCCAAGAAAGUCAUGAGCAAAAAGAGGGAGAAGGCUACAUUGCCUCUAUCAGGUCCUGAAGUUCACAAAGAAGACAGUAAUCUUGCUAUUUUAAAGUGCCUCUUACAUCCUCCAGAAGCUGGAAAUAUACACUUAGAUCUAAACGGAGAAGGUGAUUUGAAAAAAAUGCCUGUGCACUAUGCCUUCUUUGGAGACCAAUCAUUAGUUGAACAGUAUUUAUUGGCCGAAGAAAGUGCUGUGUCAAAAGAAAACGGCUUUACCAUUAAUGUUUGGAGAGGAUCAACCAAAGAUUCUUUAACAGAAGCUAUUCAAGCAAAGACACUUAGUAGUUAUUUGGUGUCCAUAGCUCCCACUGUUUCCCACAAAUUAUGGGUUGAAGCUUGUGCAGCAUAUGCAGAACAGUUGAAAGAGGCCAAUGAAUUCUCUAAGGCUGCUGUGUAUCUCCUUGCUAUUCACAAAGUUGAAGAAGCUAUACGGCUGCUGGCAGAGCAAGGAAAAUACCGACAUGCCAUGGCUGUAGCUCGGUGUCGCUUGUUGCCUGAUCACCCCCUUCUAAAAAGCCUUCUCAAUGACUGGGCCCUCAACAGCAUGUCGGACGGACGUCAGUGUCUUGCUGCUGUUUGUUUUGGAUCAGGAGGAGAAUGGUCUCAAGCUGCUCAGGCUCUUGCAUUUAAAAAGUGCCCUAAACGACUUUUGCUAGCUGCAGAAAUAAUGAAGCUGAAAACAUCCGAUCAACAGACUGGAAAAUAUUAUGCCCUUGAAUGCUUUAAUUUGAGUCUGGCUCAGAGUGACUGGACUACAGCUCAGUCUGUCUUGGGUUUGUACCCUAGCCUGAACCAUCUUGCUCUUCGUCUCUUCAUUCAUGAAGCCAUUUGCACGUCUCAAGACACCUUGUCACCUGGAGACUGGUUACAGAAAAGCUGCUGCACAGAAAGUCCUGCUGAUGCUGAUGAAGCAGUGUAUGUAAGUAUAUCUUUACCUAAGGAGAAGGUUGCUGCCCUACAGCAAGAGUUAGUGGAUGAAACUACAGUUACCAGUGAAGUUGCUGCAUGGUUAGCUGCAAGCAGCAAGGUGACGCUAGCCUUCCUUGCUGCACCUUCCCUCUUUCCCAAAAUAAAGCACAAAUUUGUCCCGGAUAUUGAUGGUGAAGAUAAGAUCAAAGCCUACCGCUAUCUCAUUCAAGCAAUGUCCGUCCUAAAUGAUAUGAACAUAACAGCUUUGUUAAAAGCAAACUCUGUGCCAAUCCUUUUGAAGUUUUGUAUGUGGCUGGCACCUGCAGGGCCUUUCAAGGCUGGUUCCAUUUUCUCUUCUUCUCAAGUUUCACUUCAAGCCAGCUUGCGUGCCUACCUUGCGGCAGGGGUCUUGCUGUGGCUCUCAAAAUGUGACUCCCUGGAGGAGAGUGUCAGGUCACUGGGGCUUGAAACAAUCGACAUUGUCAAAAGUGAUAUUUUUUCACCUGAAGCUUUGAAUUGGUUUAAAAACAAGUUUCAACUCGAUGUACUCCUAAAAUCUCCCAAAAUUGAACUCUCAUCACCCAGAGAUGAAAGUUCCAGUAUUGGAAUAGGGGUAGGAGUUACUGAUGGAAAUGAUGUUACAUCUGAUAAAAUGGCCUUAUUAAGUAUAGAUGAACAUAGUGAAAAGCUUCCUAAAGCUAAAGAUGAAAAUAAUUCAUCGUCAGAAAAUGGAAUUAGACCAAUGACUGAAGUAGAGAAACUCAAGAUAGCUGUACAGGAAUUUGUUGAUGCAAGAGAGAUGGUGCCCAACCCAUAUCUUAGUUACAGCCAACUCAGUCAGUAUUUAAAUUCCGCACAAGCUGAUCUGGUAGACAAGUAUUCAGUUUAUUGGAAACAUGUGACAAGUACUAUUUAAUAGCAAUACUUAUGUGAUUACAUUGUAAAUACUUGUUGGGAAUAGGGAUGAAAAUUAAAAUACAUUCACUGUCUAUUCAUGGUGUAAUUUUUGUAAAACUCCAACCAACGCCAUUACAUUCUUUUCUUUGCUUGUGAACAGAAAUUUAGAAGAAUAGCAGUUAACAUACUGUAUUCAAGUGUGGUAAAUUACCAUAAAUAAUCAAAAGAAAUUGUCGUCCCAUUACUAAUUUGUAGUACCU